GAUCAUGUGAUGGCGGAGAGGAAGAGAAGACAGAAGCUUAACCAGCGGUUUAUUGCUUUAUCUGCUGUAGUGCCAGGUUUGAAAAAGAUGGACAAAGCUUCAGUUCUUGGAGAUGCUAUAAAGUACUUGAAACAGCUUCAACAAAAAGCGAAAACACUUGAGGAACAAAAUGUUGGAAAAACAGUAGAAUCAGUAAUCUUUCUAAAGAAAACUCAAAUUUAUGCUGAUGAUAAGAUUUCAUCUUCCUCCAAAGAAAACUCCGCUGCUGGAUCCACCUAUGAUGAGCCACUACCUGAGAUAGAAGCAAGAGUUUCACAAAACAAUGUUUUGAUAAGAAUUCAUUGUGAAAAACACAACGGAGUGUUUGCUAAAAUACUUUCACAGAUUGAGAAACUUCAUCUUUCUGUUAUCAGUUCACAUGCCAUCCCUUUCAACGAUUCAUCUCUUGCUAUAACCAUAACAGCACAGAUGAAUGCUGAAUAUAGCAUGACAGUGAAGGCUCUUGUUAAGAGCCUGCCGUCAGUUGUUUAA